AUGGCACCCAAGCUGAAAUUUGCCGAAGGUGAAAAAGUAUUAUGUUUCCACGGUCCCCUUAUUUAUGAAGCAAAAUGUCUCAAAAGUUCAGUUUCUAAAGAUAAAUAUGUACGAUACCUAAUACAUUAUGCCGGUUGGAAUAAAAAUUGGGAUGAAUGGGUACCAGAGAGCCGUGUCUUGAAGUACAAUGAAGCAAAUGUGCAACGCCAGAAAGAGGUGCAGAGAGCCCAUUCUGCACAACCUGCUAAGACAAAGAAAACGCCGGCAAAGGGUCGGAAGUCAGAAGCUGCUGCCACAACACCCGCUAGGGAGGAGUCCAGGGCAUCCACACCCGCUGGUAAAGACACAGAAACGACCCCAGCACCCGCUAAAGCUGCCAAAACACAAAGCAAAGAUACACCAGCUGAUUCGGGAUCUGACCAACCCAAAAAGAAACGCGGCCGCUUAGACCUAUCCAUUGAAUCGGAAGAGCAGUACCUCUCCAAGGUCGAGGUGAAGAUCAAAAUCCCCGAAGAAUUAAAAGUUUGGUUAGUCGACGACUGGGACGUGAUCACGCGACAGCAAAAAUUAGCCAUUUUACCCGCCAAAUUGACCGUGGAACAAAUAGUAGACAACUACUUAGCCUUCAAGAAAUCCAGCAAAGCCCACAACCAAGCAAAGGAAUCCGUCCUCGUUGAUAUCACAGAAGGAAUAAAGGAGUACUUCAAUGCUACAUUAGGCUCACAACUGCUUUACAAGUUUGAAAGACCGCAGUACAGUGAGAUUUUACAAGAAUACCCGGAUACCCCGAUGGCACAGAUAUAUGGUUCAAUACAUUUGUUAAGAUUGUUCGCUAAAAUGGGACCAAUGUUAGCAUACACAGCCCUAGAUGAGAAAUCUCUGCAGCACGUGUUGACACAUAUGCAGGAUUUUUUAAAGUAUAUGGUGACAAAUAGGUCUACUCUGUUCAAUCUACAAGACUAUGGAAACGCUACCCCGGAAUAUCAUAGGAAAGUUCAGUAA